ACACGCAUGGAGGGUGGGGGGGGGUCUGUAUCGUGAGCCCAGAGUGUGGAUGUGGAGGGCCCGCCUCGUCGCUUCCUGGACCCCCGCACCGGACGGGGUUGUAUUAUAGACGCGCAUCCAAAAAAACAAUGUUCAACAAAAAAGCAGCCGGGGUGACGGGGGCCACAGCUCGGGGUAUGCAAUAUGUGAAGGAACCGGCUGGGUACGGCACCGCGCGGGAGGAGGAGGACGUGUUUAACCAUUAACCGGGCAUUAACCACCGAGGCAGCUGUGCGGGAGCCGGUACCGUGGGGCCUGCAUAAAGACGAGCGCACCGGCGUCACCAAGUGGUGGAGGGUACAUCCAGUCCGCCACGAGAAGCGCGUCUGCGACUUCUCACUCUUCCGGACCCCGCUGACACCACAAGGUGACUGUCCACUCUGGUUGGAGGGGAACCUUUCCGCAGGCUGUAAUUCAAUCUUCAUACUGCGGACCCUUAAAUAUCUCCCUUGAAAACCUGCCAGCAUCCACGUGGUGUAAGGUGAGACAUUCCCAGCCUGGUCCACUCACCAGUCUGACAUGACCAGUGGACUGAGAGCAUGACCAGUCAGCGCUGCAAUCUGCCCACUCCAGACCUUCUGAUUUGAUUUGAUUUUUUUCUGCAUCUCACUUUGAACUUUCCGAGGACUGUUUACAAGUGACUGGUAGGGGAUUUCUCUGGCGAGUCCCAGACCCUAUUGUUGUCCUUUUCUCUUCCACUUUGUACUUGUAUGCUCUUUUCUUUUUUUUGCCGGCCUACCCUGAGCACCUUGCAGUGAAUGGAGAACAUACUGGUUCUGCUCCCGAAGCACCGACAGGAACACAGGCUCAGCAGACGCACGGCUGCGUGUUGCUCGCUGCAGGUUUUGACCUCCAGUGCUGUCUUCUCCUGGUCUUUAGUAGCGACCCCAACUCCCUGUCAGCCUCUUUAAUGGGAUAAAUCAAUUGGACUGAUCAGGUUCAAAACCAGAUCAGGUGGCCGAUUCCACUCUAACUUCCCCGAAACAACUUGGCCUUUUCUUGUCAAGCCCACUGUCCUCCAAAGGCGUCCGCAUGGUACUUUGGUCGAAAGAGCAAGAAAAAGUCCCUGACAUCGACAUGUCCUCCGGAGCCAUUGAGGAGGAGAAGAAGGAGGGAGGGCCCCUGACAUCGGCCCUGCUCAACUCCAACUGCUCCAUCCAUCCGGUGAUCCCCACCGAGGGCGCCGAGGAGGUGGACCCGGGGACCGGCGGCGAGGUAGAGCUCAAAGAGGUCGCAUCUUUAACGGAGAAGGCCGGCGAGACCGGGGAGGAUGCGGAGAGGACGGAGAUCGUCGUGGCGAUGGACUGCCGGGCCAACGCCAAAGGUCAGCGGGAGGAGGACGCUCUCCUGGAGAACGCCAGCCAGAGCAACGAGAGCGACGACCGGAGCCCAGAGCCGCCGGCCCCCCUCAAGGAGACAUCCUUCACCGUCGGCCUGCAGGUGGUCAUCCCCUUCCUGCUGGCCGGGUUCGGGACGGUGGCGGCUGGAAUGGUGCUAGACAUUGUUCAGCACUGGACGGUGUUCACGGAGGUGUCAGAGGUGUUCAUCCUGGUUCCAGCGCUGCUGGGGCUCAAAGGCAACCUGGAGAUGACGCUGGCCUCCAGACUUUCCACCGCGGCUAAUAUUGGUCAGAUGGACUCGGCCAAGAACAUGUGGAAGAUGAUAAUGGGGAACCUGGCCCUCAUCCAGGUCCAGGCCACGGUGGUGGGCUUCCUGGCCUCCAUUUCUGCCGUGAUCUUCGGCUGGAUCCCAGAGGGACGCUUCCGGCUGGGCCACGCCGUGCUGCUGUGUGCCUCCAGCGUGGCGACCGCCUUCAUCGCCUCUCUGCUGCUCGGCGUCAUUAUGAUCGGCGUGAUCAUCGCGGCCAGGAAAGUCGGCAUCAACCCCGACAACGUGGCCACGCCCAUCGCCGCCAGCCUCGGAGACCUGAUCACCCUGUCCCUGCUGGCGGGCAUCUCAACUGGCCUCUACAAGGAGCUCGAGUUCAACGACUACGCCUGCCCGUUGGUGUGUGCGGUGUUUGUGGCCUUGUGCCCCCUUUGGGUGCUGAUAGCCAGGAGGAUCCCCUCCACCAGAGAACUCCUGUACUCUGGCUGGGAGCCAGUCAUCAUCGCCAUGGCGAUCAGCAGUGUCGGAGGCUUGAUCCUCGACAAGACUGUCACCAACCCAAACUUUGCUGGCAUGGCGGUCUUCACCCCGGUCAUCAACGGUGUGGGAGGUAACCUGGUCGCGGUUCAGGCCAGUCGAAUCUCCACCUAUCUGCACAUGUACGGUCUACCCAUGGGGGAACCCAGCCCCACCCCCAGGAAGUGCCCCACACCCUGCACCUCCUUCUUCGGCUCCUCGGUGAACGCCCGUUCAGCCCGCGUGCUCAUCCUCCUGGUUGCCCCGGGUCACCUCGUCUUCCUCUACACCAUCAACUCCCUGAGGGGGGGACACACCACCCUGACGGCCGUCUUCAUCAUAUUCUACAUGGUCGCUGCGCUGCUACAGGUGUUAAUCCUCCUCUACCUGGCAGACUGGAUGGUGCACUGGAUGUGGGGGCGGGGCAUGGACCCCGACAACUUCUCCAUCCCCUACCUGACCGCUCUGGGCGACCUGCUGGGGACCGGCUUCCUCGCCCUCUGCUUCCACAUGCGCUGGUUCAUGGGUGACACGGACUCCAACGCGGGCAACUGAAUGCAGCGACACGCACACAAAAAAACGACGACAACAACAACAAAAACUCGCGCGCACGGACAGUGACGAACAUCGCCCGUAUGUGUGGACAUUAUCAACUUUAUAAGGGCUAAUCUCCUGUAGGGCUCUGAUUGAUGGUCUAGCAUUUGAAGGGGCAGUAACGUUUCAUCUUCAGGAUGUUGGUGCAACACAGCAGCAGCAGCCCAGAAUCUGGACAGUAUCUGAAACACACAUAUCUCCGCCUCAACCAGUGAGCAAUACCCCCGUAGACUCCUGUAUUUGACUUAAUAACUGAGUCCUACUGCUUUUGUUAUUAUCACAUUAUUAACAAUGAUUGCUAUUGUUGAUAAAUAAUGCAUUUGAUACGAACCGUUCCAUGCGCAGGGCCAGUCCUCAUUAUUUUCAAUGGGAACGUUAGCCCUCAUGUUUUUUUUAAAAGAUCAAGUUUUAACACUUGAAACCAAGACAGCAAAAAAUAUGUCCAAACGAGCCUCGAAUGCUUAAUCACCAAGUGCUACGUCAUGUACAGAAUGAAUACAUGUGUCUCAUUUCUGAUUUAGUAGAGAUUGUAAAGGGAUAGAAAUUGGGGGAUGGGGAGGAAGGUUUACUACAGGGGACUGGAGCGCAAACGUAACAAGCUAAAUCCCUUCUCGCCGUCGCUCCCCGUCAGCGGAUGGUUUAAUUUGAGACAACGAGUCUAAUUCUCGAAUCUAGAAUUCUGGACUCGAGAAUUAGGAACUUCAGACGCUUACGUCAGCCACGACCAGAAGGGAUUUACCUCUGCUUCCAUCAGCAGUUGAGAACCUUCUAUUUAAGGCAGAGUUAAAAGUUUCUGUUCGCAGAAGUUACAUCGCUUCCCUUCUUUUUUUUGGGGCGGGGGGGUCAAAUCUACUAAAAAGUGCCAUUAUGAAAUGCCCCGAGUAAGAUUAAUCUCUGUUUAACCAGCAGAUGAAAAAUAAAGUGGAAAAUAGUAUGUGUAACGCGACCAGUUAGGAAUUAUUGAUACACCUGACGCGCAAACACACCUCCUUUUUGGCUGAAGCUCGCAAGGUUUUAUUGUGAAUGCCGAGAGGUUAGAGAGGUCUUAUUUAGCUGAUCCAGGUGAGGAUAGCACCAGUCCCCCCCCUCCUGGCUGAAGCCAUCCACCCACUGUCUAAUUGCUUGUUUGGAAUCAAAACUGGAGCGCCGAUCCUUUCCUAUGAAAGGCAGGCCAAUGAUGUUGUCUGAGUUUGGUUAACAGUUAUGCCCGCGUUCACACCAAAAGCAUUGCGAAUAUUCCCGUAGGCUCUCACAGCCAGUGU